GUCCGAGGAGGGGCUAAUUGCGCGGCUAGUCCUUUAGGGGCCGGACAAGGAGAGGCGGCAGUCACGGCUCUCCUCACUCCGAUAGUUAUUUACAGGCGUAUGCAUCAACGGCGGUCGAAGACUGACUCACGUUUUGUUUGGAGACCCACCGUGGCGCUGGACGCGAUCUGAAUCCUGAACCCGGGGCGCCUCACCCGUUUGUUUCGCGGAGCGAGUGCCAGGCUUCCUGUGGCGGCGCUUGGUGUCGGGGUGGAGGAUCUGCUGCGGAGGAGUUCUGGGUACCUGCAUCCAUUCUGUGUCUUUUCUGUGGGCCAGCUUGGCUGUUAAUUCUUCUUUUCAUCUACCUUCUGAUUCGAAGUACUGUAUAUCUGUGAAGAUGGAAUGACAGAAAGCACACCGAAACGAGAGCGCGACCACCCGAAGGUGACUGGAACGGAGGUGCGCGCCACACGCGUCGGUGGAAUGGGCUUCUGGUAGCCAACGAACGCGCACAACAUGUGCAUUACAGAUUCCAUAAACUAGCAAACAUAACGGUGAUCAUUCAAUCUACAUCCCAGCGACACCGCGCAAAAAAAACAAGUCGCUUUAAACUGAUCAGAAACAUCAGCGGCCGCCCGGUAAUUUGAAAGCCUCCAGAUCAAGUGUGCUGCUUGUGAGCCCAGCCAGGCCCUUCUCCAACAAAGACGGAGUGCAGUGCCCAUGAGAAGCAGGCUGUUUUGCUUGGAGAGCUUCAAGUAUUUUCUCCGCCAACAGUGAAGUGUUUUUUUUUUUUUUUUACUGACACUGACAAGUAGUUCUUCAUCCUGUUAAGCCAUGGAGAAGUAUGAGAAGAUCGGCAAAAUUGGAGAGGGUUCCUAUGGAGUGGUGUUCAAGUGUCGAAACAAGGAUACUGGCCAGAUUGUAGCAAUCAAGAAGUUUGUAGAAUCAGAAGAUGACCCGGUUAUUAAAAAGAUUGCUUUGAGGGAGAUCAGGAUGCUGAAGCAACUGAAGCACCCUAACUUGGUAAAUCUGAUUGAAGUUUUUCGUCGGAAGAGGAAACUCCACUUAGUGUUCGAGUAUUGCGACCACACAGUGCUAAAUGAACUGGACCGCUACCCUCGAGGAGUCCCUGAAUCGCUAGUGAAAAGCAUCACUUGGCAAACACUUCAGGCUGUGAACUUUUGCCACAAGCAGAACUGCAUCCACCGAGACGUGAAGCCUGAGAACAUCCUGAUCACAAAGCACCAGGUCAUCAAACUGUGCGACUUUGGCUUUGCCAGGAUAUUAACAGGACCCUGUGACUACUACACAGACUAUGUGGCUACAAGAUGGUACCGGGCUCCUGAGCUGCUGGUGGGUGACACACAGUAUGGACCUCCAGUAGACGUCUGGGCAAUCGGCUGUGUGUUUGCCGAACUCCUGUCAGGCGUUCCCUUGUGGCCUGGUAAAUCUGAUGUUGACCAGCUCUAUCUCAUCAGGAAGACUCUGGGUGAUCUGAUUCCUCGGCAUCAGCAAGUGUUCAGUGCAAACAAGUUCUUUAGUGGCAUCAGCAUCCCGGUGCCUGAAAACAUGGAGCCUCUGGAGCUGAAACUCCCAGGUCUUUCCUAUCAGGCUUUGAGUCUCAUGAAGGGCUGUCUGCAGAUGGACCCUGCAGAGAGGCUGACAUGUGAACAGCUUCUGGAGCACCCGUACUUCGAUAGCCUGAGAGACGACUGUGAUGUGGCAGGAAGAGAGCAGGACCGGUCAAAGAGAAGGACACGUCUGCCCCGCAAGCACCUGCCCCCAGGGUAUCUGCCUCAGCUCACCAACAGCAACAUAUUCCCAGCUUUGGACAGCAAGAAAUACUAUGGAAAUUUACGGAAGUACAACUACCACUUUCCAAACAUCUGACAAUGGGGUAGGCAAUAAUAACAAGAAAUAAUUACAGUGACAAACACAAAAAAAGAUCCUAAACAACAUGGAGGGAGUGGAAUAUAUUCAGUUUCUAGUAGGCUUUGGCACCAUACCAUUUGGUGAGUGGCUCAAUAGCACCUCCUUCAUCGUUGGUUCUCCACUGUAAAUCUUACAGUAUCUGCUCAUCUGAAAGAAGACAAAAAACAGACUUGUGCAGGAGAUGCCAACAUGCAGAGAUGUUCUCCUCGUGACGAACUGCAUGUGCAGAAGAUAAACUGUGUUGUUAGGCUCUGGUGUGGGAUUUUCAACCACACUUGCUAAGAAUUAUUUAACUGAAAGAAUAACAAGCGUCAGAUGGCUACUAAGAUAGCUGUAUUUGGCCGCAUGUAGAUUUAGUUUGGGCUGUUGUAGCUUGCUAGUCAAGGGAGAGAAUGUCUUAGUAAAUCUUGUGUUUUUAUUUUUUCUUCUAAAAGAAAUCCUGUGCCAAAACAUGUAGAGCCAGUUCAUUUUUCAGAAACAUAUAGUUGUCUUCCAGAAGAAUAAUUACUGGCUGUUAUCAAACUUUUUUUAUUUAUAAUAAAAAAAAUGCCCAACUCUGUUGCCAGGAAUCAAACACAUUCUAGCAAAACAAAAUAUUUCUAGCUCUUUUUACUCUUUCAGUUCCCACCGCCUCCCAAAAUGCCCUCCCCUAACAUUCCUCGAUCCAAAGUAUUUCCACAUGAACCCCUAAUGCUAUCGAUGGGGUACAGAUUUUAUUUAAGACUGCUGAAUGUAAACAUCAGUGCUGAAGUAUUAAUCCCCAAGAAAUUGUGACCAAAUAAAGAAAAUGGUGCUAAAUGGCCAAACUCCUGUAUUAGUCACUCAUCACUGAUGGAGAACGUCGGCCGUUUAGUCUCGACGGUUACUGUGAUGCGGCACAAGGGACAAACUUCAAGACACUAAAUGUGAACAAGUUGAAUUUUACAUCAUGGCUUAUUUAAUGUGUGAAUCUUAUACAUAGAGAAUUUACAGAAAAUUAUGCCAUUAAAACCAAUUAAACUUUUAUUCUGUUAAUUAAUAAAUAAAUGUUUUAUCUAGUUCAGGGUGACCCAUGAAAAGUCAAGUAUCAUGAUCAACACCCAUAGCUGACUUAACUUGUUGAAGUGUCUGACAUCACACACACUUGCUUUUCAUUUUUUUGAUGUGGCGAGACGAGUCAAAACAGGAAUUUAUUAGUAAUGAAAGCGCACACUGCAGAUUUACAAAUAAAGGAUGUUUUUAUGCACUUUCCUGUAAAAUUUGAUGUUGUUAUUGAAAUAUUAUUUCAAGUAAUUUUUAGCCUUAGUUAAAAAUGUACUUUUUUGGCAUUGGAGCAAUUUACAAAAACACUUUUGCCAUUAAAGUCCUACCCACAGCACACUGUGGCCGGGUUUAUGCACUUCUCCACUAGAGUGUCAUAGCAGUGCAAUGCACAUUUAAUUUUCUUUCUUGGCUCAUUAUUCACUACAGAAUGCUUCUCGCAACUGAGAGGGUCCGUGGCGGAUGUUUGCAGACUGGCAGACCAACCACACGUAUUACCUAGUAGGU